GAUGAAUUUUGCAGGAUUGAAUGAUUCGAUUCAAUCAUUCCGUUACUAACAACUGUGUGGUGUGACUGGAUUGUCGGUCGGACUUUUCCGCCGUUGCAAUUUUCAACGCCCUGCCGUAAAGACUUGCUCUCACAGCUCUUCUCACAAAGUUAGGUUGGUUCCUCUCUUCAAAGCACAACGAAUCCAAGCAGAUACUAGUGUUUAGUAAAACAGGAUGCAUCAAAGUCUCGAUAAUGAUUCGGCUGCAACUGGAAAUCAACGAAGCAACGAGAGGACCACAACAACAAAGAAACGUCCUUCGGUGCUUGUUGACUACACCAAAAACAAGGCCUGCGUCUCCUCGAACGGGCUCUCUCUCACCCAAAGCUGCGGCGAUUUGGGUCGCUCAUCAAAGGAGGAUGAUCAAUCUCAGCAUCGAUUGAGUCUCACCAAUCUCGAAAGAGUUUUCCAAAUUACCGAAGGCGGCCUUCCAGCAGCAGACACAGAGUCUAAUGCCGCUGUUUCGUUCCGUGUUCGUCGAAGACAAUCGGAUAGGUUCAGACGAGUUUCUGCGAAGAGCGAAGGAUCGAGCUACGAAAACUUAAGAAACUCUCUCCGAGACCUGAUGAGCUCCGAAGAGAGUGAUGAUGAAUCGGAACCGAAUAAUCCUCCUGCACGGAGAUGCCACACUGCUGACGGAAUCAUAUCAUCACCAACAGACGAUAGACGCGCUCAGUUUGCGCAAAUGAAACGGACGUUGAGCUCGGAUCCGGCGCAAGAAUCUAGCAGGCACCUUCGAUGCCACAGUGCAAGAGAUCUUCUGACCAUGCUAGAGGAAUCAGGCCCGCAAGCAGCCCAACGACGCCGAGGAUCCAGUCGCCAAUCGUUUACCUCGUUCAGCGAGUCGACCAGUGACGAGAAUACCACUGACGAAAGCUCCGUUACCAAAUGCACGAGACUAUACAACUUGAACAACGUCGAAGACGAAACGCGAAGAUCUCUACUGGCCGCAAGUCGAUCUCAAAGCUCCAGCGCUCUGGACCCACGAACCAGACGUAGGCGAUCCAAGCGUCGAUCUCACGGCAUAUUGAGAAACAUCAUUGUUAUUGCAGACGAGCUUUCACUGGAUGACACCACCGAAAACACCCUCAACUCUAGCAAGUCUCGCGGAUCCGUCUUGGCAGGAGCUCGUUCCCAGAGUUCUUCGGUCCUCGUUUCAUCCAACGAUGCAUCAAACGACGACAAGGAAGCUACAGUGACGAGAAGGCGUGCUCAAGGUCGCAAGUCUCAUGGUUCUAUGAGAAACCUUAUUGCCGGCGGCAAUUCUACGGACGAAGACUCCCAAGCCUCUCUUCAUUCAAGUUUGGUGUUUACGCAUCCCAAAAGCUGCAGGGAUCUGUUCGCCCAAGGAGAAGCUGUACCCAUUUCCAACGAAGCAAAGACUUCACGACGAAAGUCGUUUCGGCAAACCAAUUCGUCGUCAGGAAGGCGCAACUUGAUGUCCGCUGAUGACGGUGGAAGCAAGACAAACGAUAUGUCUCACUUUGUCACAGGCAGCCGCAUUCGUCGGCUGAGCAGCACGCGCAGCUCCUUCCGAUGGGAUGCUGGGAAGGCUGCUUAAACUUCAGAAUCGAAUAGAAAUAAAAAACGAAUUAGGCUCGCAUGACAAAGC